AUGAAGCGCGACCCGCAGCGCCCCGAGGAGUGCGCGGGCCGGCCGGAGCCGCCGCCCCUGUCCCCAGCCCUCCUCCCCUCCCCGCCGGGGGAGGCGGAGGGCGCGGAGCUGAAGCCGACGCCGCCGGUGUGGAUCUUCGGGUACGGCUCGCUGGUGUGGAGGCCGGGCUUCGAGUUCACGUCGCGCAAGGUGGGCUUCAUCCGCGGCUACAGCCGCCGCUUCUGGCAGGGAGACACCUUCCACCGCGGCAGCGAGAGGAUGCCCGGCCGGGUGGUGACGCUGCUGGAGGACGGCGGGGCAUGCACGUGGGGUGUAGCCUAUGAAGUCCGUGGGGAACAAAUCGCUGCGUCGCUCCAGUACCUCAACAUGCGAGAAGCUGUCCUGGGAGGCUACGACACCAAGUUGGUGAAGUUCCACCCUCAGGAGAAAGACGCAGAGGAACCCAUCCUGGCUCUUGUUUACAUCGCAACACCCCAGAACCCUUCUUACCUCGGCCCAGCAUCUGAAGAAGACAUUGCAGCUCAAAUCAUUGUCUCCAGUGGUUGUGCUGGUCAUAACAUUGAGUACUUGCUGAGACUGGCAGACUUUAUGCGCUACUUUUGUCCUCAAGCAGAGGAUAAACAUCUCUUCUCCAUCGAAGAGGCUCUUAUUUCCAUCCUUCCAUGCCUAUACUACACAGAGGACUCUCUAGAGGAAACUGCAAGUGUCCCUCAGAAGUCGAAGGGUUGAAAUAGAAAUUUUCUUUUGCAGGGUCCCAGUAGAAGGAACAUAAGGGAGAAAGCAGUGGGGAUGCUCUUAACUCUGAUAAAAUAUACUGGACUGAGUGAAUAAAGGGAG